AUGGUCGUCUACAAAUGGGUUGCGAUCAGAAGAAAACCAUCCGUGGAGGCUCAGAUCGUGAGUGGUCUGGCGCGUGGUGAUCCCAUUUUUUGUGCCUGGAACCCAGCCGUUGGCAUCAACCAUUCAUGUGACAUCAGCAUGUCCUCGCCUAAACGUUGUUACAAGUGCGGCUGCCUCGUGCCUUGUAAGAUUCGCGUGGACCUGACGAAGGAAGCGGAGGCGGGUAGCCGAGUUGUCAAGCAGGACAACAGGGCCGCAGGGCAAAGUGCGGUUCAUCGGACGCACAGCGGUGAGUGGAUGAGCUUUGCCUCUGGUGCUACCGCUUGCCUUGCAGCAGUGCGGCAUUCAAUUCCGCCAAGGAGGCGAGCUACUGCUGGAAUCCUGUCUCGUCAUGCGCGCACUACCGCAAACAACGAGGACAUGAGCCACAAACCUAGGUCCGUAUACUUCAUCGUGCACAAGAAUUUUUGCGACCACUUGCUCUUCUACGAGGACGGCCAUUUCAGACAUGGCUCCCAGUUUGCCUUUGGUGGUAGUGAUGGGCACGGCUUCUGGCAACUAGAGGGUGAGGAGUCAUUGCAGCUCAGCUGGCGCAGUGGACCUGAGAAGACAGUGCUACGUGCGGACGAGAACGGUGCCCAGAGUUUUUCCAGCCCUGGCGUGAAGUUGGAGUUUGUGGCAGGAGAGAAUUUGCGAGGAAAGGUGGAGAACAGUAAGGCCGCAAGAGCGACAUCACGGGGCCUCGUGUUCUCAUCGGUUGGAAACCAAUGCCUUCCAGUUGUGGAAAGCUGGCUGCAAGAUCCAUCAGCCGCGGACUUUGAUGUGGCGCUGGUGUUUUACAAGGAACCUGACUCACCUGUCCUGCAAAAGUUGAAGGAAUUGGCUGCAGAAGUUGCAGGCAUGCAAGUCUUCCAGCAUGAAGGGAUGAAGUGGCCAAACUUUCGUUAUUGGUUGGAGUUGCAAGGCGGAGCAGCUGAGGUUGCUGCCACAUAUGACUACAUUUGGGUUGUGGAUGAUGACGUUCGUCUUCCAACGAACGGCAUAUGCCGGAUGUUCGAAACGCUGCGGGAACACAGUCAAAUCGCUUUUGCCAGUCCAUCCUUUGACAAGGAAAGCGAUGGUGUUUGGCGUUUUUUCGAUGGACACCAUCCAGGUUGCAAACUGCGCUACACCAAUUUCGUUGAAUGCACUGCUCCUAUUCUGAAAAGCUCUAUGCUUUUGGAUCCACGCUUCCAGCCUUGCUUGCGGGCAGUGCGGACAGGUUGCUUUAUUGAUUUCUGCUUUCACCCAGCUGCUGGUGGUGCAACGGAUGUUGUAGCUGUCAUCGAUGCAGUUCAAUGCCAUCACCCUCCACGCACCGCGGACUAUCCUAGUGAGAUGCGGCAAGUUCAGGAUCCGGGUCAGCUGGAGAUGAACCACUUUUGUCUUGGCGCGGGUUUGCGUUGGCAUUCCUGGAAAGGUAGGGGACAUGAAAUCUGA